GGAGCUCUGCCCUUGCAGAAACCAAGACGCAGUUGCUGCAGAGGAAUACCCCAACGCGAGAUCUUGAUUUGAGAGGAGAGGAGGCGCGAGAGGGACCCGAUCCGAAUCCCGAGAUGUCGUCCGCCUUCGAAGCCUUCAGCAACGAUGGCGACGCGGAGGUGGUAAUGGGAGGAUCCGCCGCGUCCCGCCCCUUCGACGACGGCUACCUCGGCUACGACCCCCGCCUCCCCUCCCAGCGCUUCGACGCCUUCUCCUCCUUCUCCCCCGCCGACGACGCCGACCCUGCCAUGGACCACUCCCCCGGGUUUCCUGUCGACGUCGCCUCCGACGGCGGCGGCGCCGUCUUCGGGUUCCACACCGACGACGUCCCCGUCCACCACCACCACCCAGCCGUCGGCGGCGGCGACAGCAUUCCGGCCUCUCCCGAGGCGUACGGCUUCUCGUCGGGGGCGUCUUCCUUCACUGUGCCCUUGGCCAACGGCACGCCAGCGUAUGGGGUGGAGGAGAACGGCGAGAUCUUCACCUCGGAUGGCCCGAUCCUUCCCGAUCCGGACCAGAUGCAGCGGGACGAGGUGUUCGUCCUGCGGGAGUGGCGCCGCCAAAAUGCUAUUUUUCUUGAGGAGAAGGAGAGGAAGGAAAAGGAGAGUCGAAAUGAAAUCAUUGCUGAAGCUGAAGAAUACAAGCAGGCUUUCUAUGAGAAAAGGAAACUGAACUGUGAAACAAAUAAGUCGCAACACAGGGAAAGAGAGAAGCUGUAUCUUGCCAACCAGGAGAAGUUCCAUGCGAGUGCUGAUAAAGAAUACUGGAAAGCGAUUUCUGAGCUUAUCCCCCAUGAGAUAGCCAAGAUUGAGAAGAGAGGGAAGAAAGAACAGGAGAAAAAGCCUUCUUUGGUCGUAAUCCAGGGACCAAAGCCUGGAAAGCCCACUGAUCUUUCGAGGAUGCGCCAGAUUUUGAUAAAGCUGAAGCAUACUCCCCCACCACACAUGAAACCUCCAACACCACCUGCCUCCGCACCAGCCAAAGAUGCCGAAGAUAGUUCUGCAGCUGCAGGGAAAAAGCUAGCAUCAUCUGCAGACGAUGCCAAAGCUAAGGGUGCUACAGCCUCGCCAAAGAUAGAUAUCUCUGCAACAGGACAGGUGAUCAAGGCACCAGAGCUAGUUGCCACUGCUUGAUCCUUCCUUUCAACUAUUCAACGUAUUGCGGGGUAUUCAUCUUUAGGAUUAAAAGCUUAGUAUGUGUUUUUACCCAGUUGCAGUGGGAGUGCUUAUUUUGGUUGAUUCUGCCUUUUGUUUAUCGGCUUUUUGGGAUUGGUUAUUAGCGUAGUGAUACUGUCUGUUGAUACUCUGCUCCCUUAUCAGGUAAUCUAAUAUUCUGCUUGUCGAAUA